GUGUGCGCAGGCGUGGGAGUCGCACGUGGCAGGCAUGGCGCACGGGCUUGAUCGCGCACAGGUGAAGAAGGCGGUAGAGGCGCUCCUGGCUUUCGCCAGAAGUAAAUCCAAGGGAGGCCCGCUGCUCCUUAACGAGAACGAGAACCUCCAUCUGCUGGUGACGGUCUGGAAGGUCCCGCGGGUGGCACAAGUUAUCAAGAUACCACUGCCCCAUGGCAUUCGCCCAGAAACAGCUGAGGUGUGCCUGUUCACAAAGGAUGAGCCAAACUUAUCAGCAGAACAGACUGAGAAUCUGUACAGGAAACUUUUACUCCAGCAUGGGAUCAAAAGUGUUAGCCAGAUCAUCUCAUACAAAACUCUCAAAAAAGAGUAUAAAAUGUUUGAAGCAAAGCGUCGCCUCUUGAACAGAUUUGAUCUUUUUCUGUCUGAUGACCGAAUUAGAAGGCUCUUGCCCUCACACCUAGGAAAACACUUUUAUGAAAGGAAAAAGGUACCUUUAUCUGUUAACCUGAAAGCCAAAAAUCUUGCUAAGGAAAUACAAAAACACAUCCAGGGGACUACACUCCCAGUGACCAAUAAAGGGUGCUGUUAUACAGCACGUGUAGGUCACAUUGGAAUGAAAGUGGAUGCAAUACUAGAUAAUAUCGUUGCAGCAGCUGAUGUGAUUGCUAAGAAGUUACCAAAGAAUUGGAAAAAUGUGAAAAUUCUUCACCUCAAAACACUUAAAUCAGUUGCACUGCCGAUUUACACCUCAAAUCUCUCCAACUUGGAUGAGCUUGAUAGCCAGCCAUCUCUCAGAAAAAAAGAAGUAAAGAAGAAAAUGAGCAAGAAACCAAAGAAGGCAGCUAAAAAACAGAAUUCAAGUCAAGUCACUUCAACAGCUGAAAUUAAUGCUGCUGCUGCUCGGGAUCUUGUGGAAAAAGAGAAAGUAGGAGCUGUCCAAGAAGCAGGUGAUCAUAAUGAUGAAGAAAUUCCUCAACUCGUGCCUAUGGAAAUAACGAGCUUAGCUGAACUGAAGGCAAUGGAACCAAGUCUAGAAAAAGGUGACAGCGUGGUGAAGAAAAUGAAAAAAACCCUUGGUAAGAGAAAGAAACAAGCUGCAGCCCUGGAGACUCCAAAACAUGAAGCUGCAGAAGAGUGUGCAGAUGUGCAGACAAAACAGAAAAAAACCAAGCAGCUCAGCAUGCCAAAGGAAGGAAUAAAAGAAAAAGAGAUGAAAAAGACUCCCAAAAAACCUGAAGCAAAGUCUUUUGCAACAUCCAAAGCUGGCAAAUUGGUCCAGUCAGCUAAGAAGUCUUCAAAAACACCAAAACAAGCAUCAAAGAAAGUGCGCAAGCUGCAGACACAAUGAGAUGUUGUCUGUUGUAACACAUUUCAUAUAUUCAUUCACCUGCAUCAUUUAGUAAAAAAAUAUAUUGAUGAAGUAGAAAACUUUAAGAAAACUCAUGCCAAGAGUUUGGUUUUUUUUUUCCUUUUACUGAGACCUUUAAUGAUUCAGUUAUGUUUCCUUCUGACUGAUGAGCUGGAGUAAAUAAAAUCAAACUGGCUUUAU